GAGGAUUUGCAGAUGCAGUUGUAGUGCACUCAUAGUCGAUCGCAAAAUGUCGAUUGAGCAACGAUUUAAUGCGGCAGUAAAUGUGAUCAGGGGUCUGCCAAAGAAUGGACCGUAUCAACCAAGCAACGAUAUGCUGCUACGGUUUUAUUCGUACUACAAGCAGGCCACGAAAGGCAAGUGUGAUGAACGUAAACCGGCCUUCUGGGAUGUUAUUAAUCGUGCCAAAUGGGACGCUUGGAAUCGGUUAGGUGACAUGGAGAAGGAAGUGGCUAUGCAGAAAUAUGUAGACGAAUUGAAAAAGAUUGUUGAAACGAUGUCCUACACCGACAAUGUGGCCAACUUUAUGGAGUACAACAUGAGCGAUCUAGAUAAUGUGAGCAUCCAGGAUUUGGAAAUGGUUGCGCCGGAAGCAAUUAAAAAAGUUCGCUCCCGUCCAAACUCACCGUUUGCAUCGCGAGAAGCGAGUCCGAAUCGACUAUCACCGGUCACACCAUCGCCACCACCGUUGAUGCCCACGCAGGCCGCUCCGAUGGUAAAUGGGCACGUGCAUAAACCGAUGGCAAUCAACGGGUACACUCACAACGGCUAUCAUCAAGCCGGUCAUCAUCAAACGAAUGGUAUGGUUUCGUCGACGAUGAGCAACGGCGCUAGUUCGGAGCUAAGCGACGACGAGUACAUCGAUACGUACGAUGAUGAUUUUGAAAGCGAAACCAACACCACUACCGUUUUCCGUCCAAUCGAGGCCGUCAAUCACGCUCACUACUAUCAGAAUGGUGUAUCCAAUGUGGCCGGUAUGCCGAUGGUUAACGGUGCGGGGACGUUCCUACACGGCUCGGAAGGUGCCGGAUUUCUGCGUAAUGAUGUGGCCGCACAGAUUACACGAACGAUCGAACGGUUAAACAUCAGCGUACAGCAGGUAAACAAUCGUGUUAGCGUGAUCGAACAAUCGAUGGUUGAGCUGCGAGAACAGCAACAGCAGCAGGUCGCCAAAAUGCGCGCUUCCUCUGUCCGGUCUGCACGACCCGCUUGGUGGCCUUUUGCGGAUAUAUCACCCGGACUGUUGGCAUUCGUCAUACUGUGGCCGCUGGUAAUCAAUCGAAUAACUGGCAGCUGGACGCAGAGAAAGAAUGCCUGAAAACGUACGAAUGAUAAGGAUGCCCCUUGUCGUGUAUUUUGUUGGAACAAUAGAACAAACAUGGAGUUGUGAAUAGUGGUAAAAACGGUUUGGGUAGUAGCAGCCACGCAUUGCAGCGGUUUUAUUCGCUUAGAAAGUAGAAGUCCCAUUACCCAGUGCAAAUACCGAAAGUAA